CACAGUUUCUUGUCAUAUUCUUUCUGUUUUUGUUGGCUGACGCUUGCUCCUUGACAUCUUCCUAUCGCAAUCGUGUACUCCAGACUUGCUUACAUCCAUGUACUACGCUUGACACCUAAGCUUCUACAUUCCAUCCAACCAUAGUCAAGAUGCCAGCACUAUACGAACAGUUCUUCCUUUUUGGAGACUCCAUCACUCAAGACUCGUUCAACGAGCAACGAGGAUUUUCCUCAGUUCUACAGGCUGCCUACAUUAGAAAACUUGAUGUCGUCAAUCGCGGAUUUAGUGGGUACACUACUCGCCAGGCUCUCCAAGUACUGCCAAGCAUCAUCCCCUCACCUGAGGUGGCCAGAAUCCGCUUCCUAACCAUCUUUUUUGGGGCAAAUGACUCGUCGUUGCCAGAUGCUCCGAAUAAGCAGCACGUCCCAAUGGAAGAGUACAAGGCCAACCUCGAAAAGAUCAUCACCCACCCAUUGAUAGUGGCUCACAACCCCCGCAUUAUUCUAAUCGCUCCUCCACCUAUCAACGAACAUCUUUGGUGGCCGAGGGAUAAAGCGAGCGGAUAUGCUCUCCCAUCAAGAGUGGCUGCCACCACAAAGGAAUAUGCCAAUGCAGCCUGUGAAGUAGGCUCAAAGCUCAAAAUCCCAGUGCUUGAUCUUUGGAAAGCGUUCAUGGAGGAAGCCAAGUUUGACUUCAACAAUUGGAAAGCGGGAGAUCCAGUUCUUGGGUCACUAGAUAUAGCACAGAACGAUCGCCUGUUGGAACUUAUGUACGAUGGUCUACACUUCCAACCUGCAGGUUAUGACAUCCUCUAUCGUGAGAUGAUGCAGCUCAUUGCCGAGAGAUGGCCGGAUCAGAUGCCAGAAAAACUCCCUUCAGUGUUGCCAGGGUGGUCUGAUGAAGUUGCCUGGAAGGCAUUGGAUGACUCAAAUGCAACCAAGUAACCACUGACUCCUUGCUAAAUUACACACAGCGAGUAGAAAUAGAUGUGUCAGAAUGGAAUACACAAUGAUAUGUUCAAGGAAGAGGAAAUGAUGAGGCUGUACGAGUGGAUCGAGCUAACCAAUCGGGAUGAUGCCGUAAACAAACACG